GGUCAAAAUACUUCAGUUUCAAAAAAAUAUGUUCAAAUGAUGAUUGAUAUACUUAUUUACAUAAAUUGAUAGCAAUCUGUUGUUUUUGCACCACGCAUCACCUGGACUAAGUAGUUUUUGAAGUGAAUACAAAACUUUGAUAAUUGUUAAUAUUACAAGAGGUCUGCAAUGGCAGCAAAGUCAGAACUCUUAUAUGAGGCAUCAUUAUUUAAACUUAGUGGAAUCGACCACAAAAGGAGGAGUCUAAAAUCAGCUUCAUCGUCAUGGAAACCGAAGUACAUCACCCUGAGGCGAAGUGGAACUACAGUAUGGCUCAACACUUAUGAUAAGAAACCAAAGACUCAACAAGAGGAGCCUAAAAGUAAAACCCAGCUUGGUCCAAGGAUCAAAAUUAGCAAGAAAAAUGACGUCCGGGGCAAGCCAUAUGUAUGUGAGCUGUGUACCAGUAACAAGUAUAUCUACCUUGCCACGGAGACACAAACCGCCCUAGAUCUACUGGUCUUCAUGUGUCAGACACAAGUGAAACUUAAGGAAGAUAAUGAAGAGUCAUCAUUUAUUGUACGACCAGAGGACAGUGAGGCACACUGCAGGAUUGGUUCCCAAGGUAGCACAUGCUUCCUGCAUAUCUCCCCAUCAGGUGUCACGCUGGCUCUACAGUUAACAAGAGCUGUAGUGUCUCAGUGGCCUCUGAAGUGUAUCAGGUGCUAUGAGAGUGAUGGGAACGCUAGGUUCAUGCUUGAAGCGGGGAGGAAGUCACCCAUGGGGCAUGGCUUGUAUAACUUCAACACACAGAGGAACCAAGAUAAUGAAAUAUAUGAACUACUGGAUGGUUACAUUAUGAAUGCAGCAGAUGAGCAAAAGAGACUGCCCGUCGCUCAAAGUGCAGAAGAAGGAAUUCUCAUGGAACACGAGGCGAUGCAAGCUCUCACAUUAAUAGAUGGCGAUACAACCUUCCAAGCCCAGAUUAAUCGUAUCGCCAGAGAUUGUUUCUUAGACCCCACAUCCUCGGUGCCAAACCUUGAGAGGAGGGAGAGUGUUGGAGUGAACAGCCGACCCGACCUUCUAUCUCACUCCCCAUCUGUACAACAGAAAAAGUUCCUCAAAGAGAAUAGUUUGUCGACACAAACAUCCAUCGAGGAACGACCCCCAGCCUUGCCACCCAAGUCAAUUCGUCCACCCCCCAGAAUUCCUUUGCCCGUACCUAGACUUUACGUGAACACUUCACCAAGCAAAUCAUCAAAAACUGUUUCCAGCUCAUCGAGCAGUCAACAAACUUUUGAUUUACUGGAUGGUCACAGGGUGGGAGAAUCCCAGGAAAUUGUGACGUCAAUAAAAAAUGUAAAGACAGAAGUGACGACGUCGCAGUUUUUGACGGAAGAUUUUUAUUAUGAGAAUUUACCUGACAACCCCAAAGCAGCUCAUAUGGUAAACAUGAAGCAGGUUGCCGGGGGAGAUAAAGUAGAGCCAGUUAAUCAUUUUUUAGACGAUCCAGCCCUUGAGGAUGAGUAUUUACAUAUGGGUCAGAUAAAGCCUCAGGGUGCUUCAGAGAAGACUCCUCCCCUCCCAAAGAGGCCCACCAGUAGGCUUCAGGCGACACCAUAUAAGGCACUUCAAUUGUCAUCCAGCAAGACACCCCUUGGCCCAACAUCCUCUAACCAGAGUUACGCCUCAUCCACCAGCUCUUACAUGUAUGAUCAAAUGACACCCCCUCCUACCUUUGAUGAGGCUAUUACAUUAGGAUUCACAUACGAUCCUAAUCACCCAGUGCCGCUUGAUGCUAUGAUAACUGAUGAGUUCGGUCCUGAUUCCCCGAGUAUAUACAUGCUCCCUGAUGCCCCCCUGCCCCCAGGGAUGACAUCAUCCCCAGAGAAAUCCAACCCCAAACACGAGGAUACACAAAGUCCCGAGAGUGCAUACUUCGAGAUGUCAGAUUUGAAAUCUCCCGGUCGGGAGAGUAAUAAGGGGGCAAGGGUCCCCAAGAGUGCCAUACCAAAGUCAGCCCGACAUGCAAUAAAGAGACAACAGUCGCAAAGUUGUGAAGACCUUACUCGCCAUAUGAAAGAAAAUAUUUUUAACUUCAACGCCAAUGAUACUAUAGAGGAUGAUGAGGGACAAUACGAUGAGUUAGUAUUUGAUAAGCCAUCACCUUCAUGUCCUUUAACACCCAAACUAAAUGCCAGUUUGGAAGCUUUAGGAUUGGACACAAGAAGAAAAAGUACACCUAAACCUUUCGUUGAUUUACAGAACUUUACAAAUCUUCAGCGCAUCAGUGGAUUAAGUGACCGCAGCUCGACUGCCAGUAAAAUUAGUGGACACUCAGAUACCCAGGAUGACCCAAAUGUAAUUCAUGAGACUGCCAGUUUUGAUGAAGUUAGACGGAGGUUUAGCAAUCGUGCAAAGGAUUCUAAACUUCGUCGAUCUUUAUCUCAGCCUGAUAUGUUAGAAGAUUUCUCCAAUCCACCACUUCCUGAAUUGCCUUCAACAGCAUUUAAGCCUGCAAGUCGGGUUGGACCAGGUCCCAAUAAGACUUCCAAUAAGUCGUCCGUAUUUAGGUUUUUGCCUCGGUCGCUAGGACGACGAAAAAGUAAGGGAUCCAGUCCAACUAAGGAAGUCUUACUACAUCCAUCAGAAAUCGACUCCAUGGCCAUCAAAUCACCCACUGAUGUUCAUGUCUCGCAGAAAUCUAAAGCAUUCGUCAAGAAAACAAAAUCUCAAGAUAAUGUUUUAGAGGUUCUUGAGGACAAUGUUAACACAUUGAGUCUAAAAAGAAAGAAAAAAUCAAAGUCAUUAUUCAAAAGAUCAAAAUCGCAAGAAAAUGUCUUGGAUGACUUUGAAGAGCCAAGACCAAGGUCAAAUACAGACUACAUGCAGAAUGAACAUGAUCUUGCACAUUUGGCUAAUGAACAUGCUAAACAAUCUGCAAUUAUGGAUGAAAGUUGGACAAAUAGGGGUCACGUGAGCGUCGAUUUUUUGGUGUCUGGGGGGAGUGAACAUGUGCCACAUGACCAUAAUUCCAAUCAGUUUGGUACUCAAGAUACCUACCCCCAGGCAUUUUAUGAUGGCUCUAACAGAAACAGCAACCAAGUUGUGGGACAGUUUAUUAAUGGAGCAUACAGUCAUGGAUUUAAAUCUGACCAGUCAGGGCCACUGAUACAAGGGGACCAAUCAGAGAGGCUGUUACAUCCUGACCUGGACAAUGCAAGGUCAUCUCAACUGAAAAAUGGAGUUCAAAAACGGCCAGGAUCUCUGUGGGAAUCAUCAGUUUAAAAAUGUGUUAAUAAACUUAGCUUCAGUAAAUUUAGUGUAGAUAUUAUGUAUGUGAAGAUCAAGACCCAUUUUGAUAAGCAUUUUGAAAUGUAAAUCCCAGUGACUACCAUGUUUACAAUUUGUCCCGGGAUUUGUCAUGGGAAAACCAUCUAAUCUCAGACAUUUUCAACAGUCUCAAUAGGGCCCAUUUAGAAAAUAUAUGUAACUAUUUGAUAUGUACCCAGGUAUGGAUUUACAUUAGAUUAAUCCAUGUGCCUUUGUGUUUGCAUUUGGAAGCUGUAUUCUUAUAGGUGGUAGCACUAUACAUUUCUUGUAUCGCUACACGUAUGCUAGAAAACUAAGCUUUGUGCUUGGACCAUUUUUCAGAUCUUUUUUUUCUACUUCAUAUUAUGAUUGGUAAAGGUAUGUUGUUGAAAGAAACUUAUUGUUUUUUAUGUUUUACUGGUAUAGAAUUGUCAAUGCAAGGACUAUGGCUAUCAUAUUUUGAGAAUAUCUUACCAUAAGUAUCUUCUAUCGAAUCUUUAAAUGUUAUUGUGCUUUAGCCAUAGCUAAUCAUAUAAGAUCUCAUACACAUACAAUGUAUAAUGGCUAGAAAUUUCAAUACAUGUUUGCUUUCAUAUACAGUAUAAGUUUUUUGUUUGUCCAGGGGUUUCAUUAGCAGCAGGCAACAGGCAAU